GAGCUAUUUGUUUCUUGCGUAGACUAAGCUUGGUGGCGGAUUCUACAAACCAUAGCUUUUGACAAAGCAUAACCAAGCUGUUCCUUUGCUUUAACGCUUUUCUCCCUUCACUGACAACCCAAAGUCCUCUCUCAAUCUCUUCACCCUUUUUUUUUUCUUUUGAAUUUAUUUUUCUAGCUCAUAUAUCUAUCAAAUCACACCACUUGUGACUAAGAGAGUUAAGAGAGCGUAACAGAAACGAGAGAGGGUAAGAGAUAUGUCAGGCAUUGCAACUGCUGCUUGUCCUUCAGGUUUUCUGUUUAGAAACAGAGAAGUAGGAAGCAAUAAUGGAGCUUCUCUGGGUCAGCACGAUGGGCUUAGAGCUGUGGAGAGCGUGCGGUUAGCUCCAACUGGCACUAAACCCAACAGGUUCAUUUCUAGUUCAGCUCCAAAAUGCAGAACAAUCAGGGCUGUGGCGUCGCCAACAGUCUCAGCUCCCAAAAGAGAAAAAGAUCCCAAAAAACGAAUAGUUAUAACAGGAAUGGGGCUUGUCUCGGUUUUUGGCAGUGAUAUUGAUAACUUCUAUAACAAACUUCUUGAGGGAGAGAGUGGUAUAUCCGAAAUUGAUAGGUUUGAUGCUUCGACUUAUUCCGUUCGGUUUGGGGGUCAAGUUCGUGAUUUUUCUUCCGAAGGCUACAUUGAUGGGAAGAAUGAUCGCCGUCUUGAUGAUUGCUGGAGGUACUGCUUAGUUGCCGGAAAAAGGGCCCUCGAGGAUGCCAACCUUGGGUCUCAAGUCCUUGGGAAAAUGGACAGAACUAGAAUUGGGGUGCUGGUGGGUACAGGCAUGGGAGGCCUGACAGUUUUCAGCAAUGGAGUGGAAGCUCUUAUUCAAAAAGGAUACAAGAAGAUCACUCCUUUUUUUAUCCCUUACUCUAUCACCAACAUGGGAUCCGCCUUAUUGGCUAUAGACACUGGCCUAAUGGGACCUAAUUAUUCGAUUUCAACUGCUUGUGCAACUGCAAAUUACUGCUUUUAUGCAGCUGCAAAUCACAUCCGAAGAGGGGAAGCUGAAAUCAUGGUUGCUGGUGGGACUGAGGCCGCUCUCAUUCCAACUGGGAUUGGUGGGUUUAUAGCUUGUCGGGCAUUAUCCCAGAGAAAUAAUGAACCCAAGAAGGCUUCAAGACCCUGGGACAAAGAUCGUGAUGGUUUUGUUAUGGGAGAAGGCUCUGGUGUACUGAUUAUGGAGAGCUUGGAGCAUGCUAUGAAAAGAGGAGCUAACAUUAUUGCAGAAUACUUGGGAGGUGCUGUAACUUGCGAUGCUCAUCAUAUGACCGACCCACGUUCUGAUGGUCUUGGAGUUUCAUCUUGCAUAACCAAAAGUUUAGAUGACGCUGGAGUUUCCCCUGAAGAGGUGAACUAUGUUAAUGCUCACGCAACAUCAACGCUGGCGGGAGAUUUGGCUGAGGUUAAUGCAAUCAAAAAGGUCUUUAAGGACACUUCUGAGAUAAAGAUGAAUGGGACAAAGUCAAUGAUUGGACAUGGCCUUGGAGCUGCUGGUGGAUUGGAAGCCAUAGCAACCAUAAAAGCAAUCACAACCGGCUGGCUGCAUCCUACGAUUAAUCAAGACGUAUUCACCACAACCCUUGUUUGUAUAUAA